CAGUUUCCUGUUGUACAGCUUUAAACGCCGCAAACUGGCACAAGUUAGCUCAAAUGAAUUAGUGUUGCUAACAGCAGUUCGACCUAAAGGCCACCAUGGUGCUGAACCCAGUCAUUUCCAAGCUUGCUGGUAAACUGGUUGUGCUGGCCAGCGCUUCUCCUAGAAGACUUGAGAUUCUCCGCAGUGCAGGUUUACGUUUCGAGGUUGUGCCGUCCUGGUUUAAGGAAACCCUCGAUAAAGGGCUUUUCAAAGCACCUCAUGAGUAUGCUGUUGAGACAGCCAAGCAGAAGGCCCUGGAGGUAGCCAGGAGGAUGCCCUUUAAACAUCUGAAGACUCCAGAUAUAGUUAUUGGGGCUGACACAAUUGUGAGUGUAGAUGGCAUGAUUCUGGAGAAACCAGUGGACAAACACGAUGCUUAUAGGAUGCUGUCAAGUUUGAGUGGUAAAGAGCACAGUGUGUUCACUGGUGUAGCUAUUGUCCUCUGCCAUGAAAAAGAAAAUGAAGAAGUUGAUUACCAGCUGGUAGAUUUCUAUGAAGAAACUAAAGUGAAGUUUGCUGAUCUCUCAGAAGAUAUGCUAUGGGAGUACAUCAAUAGUGGUGAGCCCAUGGACAAGGCUGGUGGCUAUGGUAUUCAGGCUCUGGGUGGCAUGCUGGUCGAGUAUGUCCAUGGAGACUUUCUCAAUGUUGUGGGGUUUCCCCUCAACCACUUCUGCAAACAGCUAGACCUUAUUUACAAUUUUUGUACUUCCUCUUUGAAAAGCACAUCUACCCUUCCAAGCCGCAGCGACAAUCUCCCCACUUCAGUACCCACCCAGCUCCCCUCCAGCUCACAGGGUCUGCCCAGCCACAACUCAUCCGUUCCCAGAUCAAGCAGCCCCUGUGACAUUCAAAGACUCCACACCCAGAUCACCCCCACAGCCAGUCCUGCCCAUAAGGUAAAAAGAGAAGAAAGUGAAAGUUCACAGACAUUGGUCAAUAGCACGUCUAAACAUACAGACAACAGGAAGGUCAAGCUUCAUGACAAUGCAACAUUACCAUCGAUAACAAGGAGAGGGCAGGUGACUGAACCUACAAGAGGAGACUUGGAGCGAAUCUGUGAACUGAUGGAUGGAUUCAAAGCCUCAAAGGCACUUUUUACAGCAUCCAAGUUGUGUUUGUUUGACCUGCUACAUAGCCGCCCUGGGCUGGAUGCAGCACAGGUGGCCCAGGAGAUCAAAGCAUCUGAAAAGGGGACCGAAUGUCUGCUGGAAGCCUGUGUAUCUCUGGGAUUGUUGAAGAGUAUAGAGAAAGCAUGCCAAAAGCCAGUGUAUGAGAACGCAGAUCUGGCCACAGAUUUUUUGAGGUCAGAUGCCCCGUUUUCACUGCAUGGCUACCUCCAGCACUGUAACGAAACCAUGUGGCCACUUUUCUCCCACCUUGAGAGUGCUGUGCAGGAGGGCACCAGCCAGCGUGAGAAGGCCUUUAGCAAGCACAUGCUUCAGAAAACUUCCUCCAGCAGUCGGGAAGGCAAACUGAGAUUCAUGAAGGCCAUGCAUAGCAUUGCAAAAAUUACAGGGAAAACCAUAGCAACGGCAUUUGACCUCUCCACCUAUAAGUCAGCCUGUGAUCUCGGAGGGUGCACCGGUGCCUUGGCUUAUGAAUUCGCCGAAGCUCAUCCUGGAUUGUCUGUAACAGUGUUUGACUUACCUGCUGUUGUCGAGUUGAAUGAAUUUUUCCAUCCACAGCACCCAGACAACAGGGUAUCAUUUGUAGCAGGAGACUUUUUAAAAGACGAAUUACCCAAAGCAGACUUGUAUAUCCUGGCGAGGAUUCUUCAUGACCUGCCUGAUGAGAAAGUGCAUAUACUGCUGAGUAAAAUCGCAGAUGCAUGCACAGCAGGCUGUGGACUCCUGCUAAGCGAGAUCUUCCUGGAUGAAGACAGAAGGGGCCCCAGUCGUGGGCUGCUGCAGGCCCUUAGCAUGAGCGAGGGGAAACAGAGGAGCGCAACUGAAUAUAGCCUGCUUUUGAAGAGCCACGGUUUCAUCACAGCGCAUAUCAGACAUACAGACAACCUCCUGGAUGCCAUGCUGUGCAUCAAAGCUUAACACUACAUGCACAGUAUACAUUGGUGUAUGCUGUAUGUAACCGUUGCCAAAAUUAGGACUGUUUUUUUGUGGUUCUUUAAAACAGCUAGCUGAUAACCAAUAAAAGACGUCUUUGUUUUAAA